AUGCCGCCUCAAUCAUUUCUAGCUCCUAGAACUCGUGGUUUCAUAUGUCGAUCUUGUCUCUCGAGGUUACAUGUGCCUCAACGACAAUGGCCGCCGUGGAUGGUGCGAAAUGCGACGAACGACAAUGGACGUUCCCGCCCCGGCAAGAGCAAUCGGCCGACCCCUCCAGACCAACCAGUAAUUAGAUUCUUUGAUGAGACACCAGAUGGCGAUAGGAGGGAGAUAUUCGAUGAUGAAGAGGAAGCUUUCUUGGAAUCGGUGGGCUCAGAAGUAGAUGAAAUGGAACAGCGGCGGAGUCGUUUCCUAGACCACACGAAGGACGAUCCCGACGGUUAUAUUGACGAGGAUAUGGAGGAUGCUAUUCAAGGAAGGAUAGAUGAAGAGGAAGGUAUGGAGGACAUAAACGCGGCAAAUGAACAUUUAGAGGAUUUGAUACAGAGGAUCAAAAGCCUUUCCGACAAAGAAGUUGUGACCGAGGAGGACCGUUUGCAAAUCCGGGAGCUUCUAUACAAUAUCAAAAAGCCCAGUAGUAAGGCUAAGCCCAGAGAUAUGGAAGCUGUGGGCUCUAGAUAUGGUAUGGCUCCUGCUCCCACACUUCGGAAAUGUAUUGAUCAUCCCAUAGUGCCACCCGACCUGCUACCUCCGCUCGACCAAACAGGCCAGAAAGUACUGUCACCGAAAUUUCCACAAAAAGGCUCAGAUAGUGGAAGUCUGGAUAUCAAAAUGCCUAUGAAGCAUUUCCCAGAAUCUGCCCGAAAACACAUCAAUGCCCUGCAUACUAGCUUGCUUCGCGCUUCAGGGACCGUCGAUACCCAAAACUCCAACUUCCGAAAGAGCGUAUGGAAGUCAUAUUUGAUGUGUCGAAGUGCCCUGUUAUCCGCGCCUCAGAAAGUUCCAUUUGGUAUUUGGUCCGGCCUCUGGGCUGUGCUUUCAGGCGUGGAUCCAACCGAUUACGUGGAUCGUAUGGCGCAUGUUAAAUAUCUAGGUGACGACCUGCAAAAGGCAGGCGUGCCAAUGAAUCUGGAACAAACUCUCCUGUAUAUCGAAGCCCUGCUGGUUCAUGGCGAUCUGGAUACGGCAACCGAGUUUUGGGAACGGGCUGGGACAGAAGCCGGGACCAGCGAGAUGUUCGGGGAUUACUGUGACCUAGGGGUCAAGCUCUUUUGCCAACUUGGCCAGCUUGAUCAAUCAUUAAGCACUGCGGAGCUGCUUCUUCGAACUACCGACGAUCCAUCGGCAUAUAGGAUAUUACUCCCCAUCAUUCAAGCAUGCUUGGCUUCCCAAACAAGCAGUGCUGUUGAGAUGGCUUGGGAAAUGUACAUUAGGCUCAGGGUCAACUUGGGGUCGCAGAUGGAAAUGAGUGACUACGACACCAUUACUCUGAGCUUCUUGGAAGCAAAUCAACCAGAUCUCGCGCUAGCUGCCUUCAAAGACAUGAUGCUGACGCCUGAUAUGCCCAAAACCUUAGAUUCCACGGCUAUAUAUACAUCCUUUGCGAAAACAACGGAUAGCCCGGGUUUAACUGCAAUCAAAAAGGGCGGGCUAGAUCAUUUCGACAGUCGAACUCUUUCGUCGCUACCAUCCAAAUUCAAUAACAAAUAUUUCUUUGGAAGCUGGAUGAAGAAGCUCAUUGGGGAAGGGGAGCUUGACGCUGCACGGAAAGUCCUUGAUCUAAUGUCUCACCGCCGCAUACGUCCAGACGCCCGACAUGUAAAUGGUCUCAUCGGUGCAUGGAUCCGCGAUGGGACAGCAAAGAACGUGGCUUUAGCUGAAGAUAUGGCCUGGAAGAUGAUCAAUACCAGGCUAAUGUUUGUCAACGCUCGCAGUACUAAGUAUGAGCUGGGUGGCGUUCUACGCACAGUCGAAAGUUAUGGCAGACCGGAUGGACGAAGUAUUUUCCUGACUCCAAGUGCCACUAUUGAAACUUUCUGUAUCCUCAUGCAGCAAUACAGACGGCGGCAACAGUCGCAAGCCCUCCUGGACCUUUUCGGCACGCUGCAAAAGGCAGAAAUCAAACCCAACACAUACUUUAUGAAUGAGUUGCUUUCGAUGGACUCGAAAUCUCAUCGGAGGGAUUGGGUAUGGAAAACGUACAGAAGCAUGACGGAAUAUGGAGGAAUCCAUCCUGACUUCGAAACGUUUACUGUGCUGUGGCAUAACCUUGUUCAAGCCUCACAGGGCGUGGUUAGGAAGCGACAAGAAAGAGUUGAAGGAUUCCCCACUGCGAGGCAGCUAUUUGCAGAGAUGAUGGAGCACAGAACUGUACUAAACAGAGGUGAACCCGUCCCGCAAGAGUUGUACGAUUCAAUAGUUCUGGGCUUCAGUCUUGUGGAGGAUCAAGCGGGGACUGCAGUGGCCUUGAAGGCUCUACUACAGUAUUUCAACACAGCUCCAAACGAGGGGACAGCUCGCACAAUUAUACUCCAACUCGCCCGACUCGGCCAGACAAACGAAGCUGGCUAUAAAACGCGGCGCCUCAAUCUUCGCAACAACGCCACCAAAGAGAGAAUCUCCAAUGUAACAAAGAUUUUCCACAAAUUCAAGCAAGAUCGAGACGAGGAAUUACUGCGGCGAGGGGUUGUUUUCCAAAAUCUUUCCGAUCAAGAAAAACGGGAAGAGGCGUUGCUUGUGCUAUCAGAUCUCCUACGGUUUGCUUUUCAGACAAAAGCAGAGUCCGAGGAUCGGAAGAUAUACACUGCCCUCGAGGUCUCGAAGAGGGCAUCGCUGGAGAUGGGUGUACCGGAAUGUACUCCUUGGGUUUCACACGAUGGAGCCUAA